UAGUGAGGUUAGAAGGUGAUUUCUUGAAAAAACUCAAUAUUCUAUCAAGCUUCAUAAUAUUUUAGAUGGAUAGUCAGGUCUCCAUUGAAGGAUAUUUUGUGGAUCUAAUUGAUGAUACUUGGCGGACAGAUUCUCUUCCUGAAGACGAUAUUACAGUUCCUACAUGGGAACUUUCUGAUCCAGAGGCUGAUUCCGGAGACGUUCAUCUUACUCUGAAAGAACAAGAACAGAAGUGGAGUGAUAUUAUGCUCUCUUCUAUAAGUGAACAUCAAUAAAGGUAUUUUUCAAAAUGG